CAACACCCUACUUAUUUUAUGUCCGGAAUGAACUGGCACAGCAUCUUUGCCUAGGAUUAUAAGCUUGCCCUCUCCCGGGGCAGCUCGGGUCUCACCGAACUCUCUUCAACGCCUCUCUACAAUCCCUGAGUUCAGCCCGAAGGAUAGUGCAGUUUGUAUUGUUAGCAGUUGGGUCCUGUGUCCUACCUGGAAUGGGAAGACAGCCUUGCUGUGAGAAGGUCGGGUUGAAGCGUGGCCCGUGGACCAUCGAAGAGGACCACAAGCUCAUGAGCUUCAUCCUCAACAACGGCACUCAUUGCUGGAGAUCCGUCCCUAAACUCGCAGGCCUGCUGAGAUGUGGCAAAAGUUGCAGACUAAGAUGGAUCAACUACCUGCGGCCCGACCUCAAGAGAGGCGGUUUCACCGAGGAUGAAGAGGAUCAGAUUAUCGAGCUACAUGCACGGCUAGGCAACAGGUCUUGCGUGUGGUCUAAGAUUGCUUCGCAUUUUCCCGGCCGCACCGACAACGAGAUCAAGAACCACUGGAACACAAGAAUCAAGAAGAGGCUGAAGCUGCUCGGGGUCGAUCCACUGACCCACAUGCCCAUUAAGGAUAACGAAAGCAAGCUCAUUAAGGGAGGUGAGACAUACACUGGGUCCAACUCCUCGAGCACAGAAGGCCGUGAGGUCGAGAUCAAGGCAACAUUGUCGGAACCAGAGGAGAAGGCACAGGAAAUUGAGCUAACAUUGGAUGAAACCACUGAUCUCUUGGACAACUAUCGGAUGUUGUGCGGCGACAUCGGAGCCAGUCAGUUACGGAACAUCCGAGAUAUCGCAGACACAACCAUUUCUUCUCAGGACAAUGCAACCACGACUACUUCAACUUCUACUAUGGAAGAGUCUAUGCAACAGUGGGUGGACAGUACUGUGGACUCUAUGCUGUCAUGGGAUGGCUUUGAUUGUUUUGAGCCAGACAUUUUCUUCUUCCAGAAUUGCCAAAAUUUAACACAGCUCCCCCCACACAAAAGUUAUUUUUUGUAAUUUAGUUAUUUAUUAUUUUUAAUUUCUCCAUGAUCACAACAAAGCAAUAAAUGUGUCACCCACAAAAGUUGAUCAGAUGAUCAUGAUUGUUUUUUUUUUUUGGAUAACCAGUUCUGCUCACUAUUAUUUACUGCUGAAUGAA